CACCCUGAUCAAGGUGACAUUGGGGGGCUCCACAGGGGGAAGCAUCAGCUAUGAAUAAAUCAGAUGCCAAAAAGAGGUGCUGUUUUCUUCGAGGUGAAGCUUUAUACUUUUAAAGGGUCCUCUUUUGAAAAACUCUCUAGUGGUUCACUUUGUCAGUUUUCCAAGAGGCUUUGGAACAUUUGAGAUGUGUUCUUUUAAGUCACGGGUUUAUAUGGAAAAGAUAAAAAUUCCUAGACCAGCAGGAGGGAGGUGUCUAUUGCAGACAAUGUCCAGGCAUGUCCUCUCCACGGCCCAAGCUGAGCACCAGGUGGGCUGGUGGGGAGGCCUGCUCACACCCACUGGCCUCCCAUCCUCCCGUCCUUCCCCUCAGGAUGUGAAGAUCUUCAGGGCCCUGAUCCUGGGGGAGCUGGAGAAGGGACAGAGUCAGUUCCAGGCCCUCUGCUUCGUCACUCGGCUACAGCACAAUGAGAUCAUCCCCAGUGAGGCUAUGGCCAAGCUUCGGCAGAAAAACCCACGGGCAGUGCGACAGGCUGAGGAGGAGCGUGGUCUGGAGCAGCUGCACAUGGACAUCGCGGUCAACUUCAGCCAGGGGGGCCUGCUGAGCCCCCACCUCCACAACGUGUGUGCCGAGGCCGCAGAAGCCAUCUACACCCGCCAGGAGGAUGUCCGAUUCUGGCUGGAGCAAGGUGUAGACAGCUCUGUGUUCGAGGCUCUGCCCAAGGCCUCAGAGCUGGCAGAGCUGCCUCGCUGCCGGCAGGUGGGGGACCGCGGGAAGCCCUGUGUCUGCCGCUACGGCCUGAGCCUGGCCUGGUACCCCUGCAUGCUCAAGUACUGCCACAGCCGUGACCGGCCUGCACCCUACAAGUGCGGCAUCCGUAGCUGCCAGAAGAGCUACAGCUUCGACUUCUAUGUGCCCCAGAGGCAGCUGUGUCUCUGGGAUGAGGACCCCUAGCCAGGCUGGGGUGAGGGGUGGAUCUAGGGGUGCUGUUCUGGCGCCACUGCUCCGCCCCCAGCCACUAGAGGGGGUGGCCACCCCCACCUGAGGCCUUAUUUCCCUUCCCUUCCCACCAGCCUCCCCCUGGAGCCUCUGGCCCCACCGCCAUGACUGUGAAAGGGGUGUGGCCCAGCGGGGGCCACCCAUGAAGGCAGCCCCCACUCCCACCCCAUGCCUUCCUUGGGGUCAGAGAGGGAGAAAGGGGUUCUCCAGACUUGCGCCCCUCUCCUCCCUCUCCCCUGAAGUAUUCACUUGCAAGCAACCAAAAUGUGAUGGCCUGUGAUUCUUCUAUUGAACUCUGUAAAGGAUUAGAUCCUAAAAGGAGUCCAUGCCUGUCCCACCGCCCCACACACAACUCCGCUCCUCCCACACAUCCGGAGGGAGCUGGCCCUCUGCACCACCCACUUCCCCAACACUGAGGGGAUCAGUACCUUCAAAGAGGGGGCUGUGGGGACCGUGCCAGAGCCCCUGGACCUACUAUGACAGCACAUUCUUCUCAUUUCUGGCCCUGAGGCCGCAUGCAGGGCAGGUGGAGACCUCCCACCACCAACACAGACCAUGUGUGCCUUUCCCCAGCCUGGACUUUGCCUAGAGCAGGUGCCAGCUCUUUCCCCCUCUAAACAGAAGUAUUUUUGUAAGGGUCUGGGGUGGUUUGGGGGGGGAGCAUGAAGUAUGAGGAAAACUUGAAUUCCAGAUUUUUAAUGCAAAGUAUUUAUCAUUUGUACCAGAAAUAAAAGUUUAAGUUUUUACUUGACUGACAA